CUUGUGAAUUUUUAUCGUUGUACAUAUAUCCUUCGGACGUGAAAGGCUAAAUUAUGAAUUGUGCCACAUGCAAAGUGAACAAAAUCGGCCCGAAGACUGCACCGUUCGGUGGCUACCUGUGCAGCAAUGAGCACAUGCAAUGUGGCGACUGCAAUGAGCGCACUGACGGUCAAUGUGGCAUUUGUGAGGCGUGUACUUCCUUCGUGCAGAUGAAUUUCAAUCAACGCGAACGCAACACUUCGCCUGUGCGACGCUGUUACCCGAUGGCACGACCAACACCAACAGCACAAAGUUUAGAUGUGGAGAGCCACUCGGUUGCUGCCGCCACACUGGAAACGGACUCAUCCUACGUAUUCCCGAAAGCGCUGUAUGCCGAUAUGGAGACACAGUCGAGCAUCUCGCAGGAGCAGCUGAGUAUGCACGAGUCGCAUGAUUGCUUCAGCGAGGAUCAAGGCGAAGAGAUUCAUCAACAUUUGAUAGAUGCAGACGCAAUGGCGGCUGCAAUGGCUGCCGCCACAAUGGCGCCAUCACCGACGCCAAUGUCCAUGUCCAUGUCGGUGCCAUUGUCGAUGAAUCAGUACUUGCCGAACGCUCAGGAGCGCAUACAAAUGGAGACCAUAUUCUUCGGCAGCAAUCAUCAGCCACAGUCGGCAUCAAAUUUUACCUUUCAAUUUCGUACUGAAAAUGGUUUCAUGCGUCUAAUGCAGCAACGUGACUCAAGCGGACCGGCACUGGAGGUGAUUGAAGCGCCGAAGAGCAUACAGCUGACAACGGAGCAUACAAAUCUCUGCGAUAAUUCCUAUGAUGGCGGUUGUGAAUUGGUGGGUAGCGUGGAGAAAGAUAAAGGGCUUAACACAACUGCUGAAGAUACCGAGGACGUCAUACAUACUUCCGAAAUACGUUUUAUGGAUUCGACGGAGAGCAUGAAGAACUAUUUCUCCGGCGGCACAAUGCAUCCGAUACUCAAGGUGAAGCAUGAACCACCACGCACAAGCACGACCACUUACAGUCGCAACUUGCAACCGCAAGAGUCACUAUCAAUGAAGAAACUGCACGACUUUGAGACCCGUAAUACCGCACAUCCCGCCGAGCUGGUCGAGAGUUAUUUGCGCAACUAUGGACCACUUGCCUUCUGUCAAUUUCCAGCUUACGCGUUCAGUCACAGUUGUCAGGCCAGUACUUGUGACAAUCGCAAUCAGUCCGUCAUGCAGUCGCAGACGCUUUCGCAAAAUCAAACACGCAACAUCUCGGCAUCCACCGAAUCUGAGCCUACAUUGGCCAGCACUAAGAAAACAGAGUUACCACCGGCCAAACACUUGCCACCAGAUUAUUUUGUUAUGCAAGCUACGGGUGUGGCAACGCCGACACCUGGUACGCUGCCGGAUGCGGAUAAAAUAUCGCGUCCCAGCAUUGAUAUACGCAUGCAGAAGGUGCUGGAGACUUUCCAAGAAGAUCCACGUACGCCAAAUGUUAGUGAUAAGCCCAUCAUAGAUCAGUCGAAGAAGUUUUUGAAGAUUAUGGACGCCUUGGAGCCUGCGCCAGUGGCCGAACCGGUAAUGCCGUUGAUUCCGGAAAAGCAUGACGAUCAGCUGAGCUCUUGUGAGCUACCGGUCGAUAAGGCAAGCAUUGACAUUAUGGCACAGCUUUCAAAUACGCAUCGUGCCUUCUAUAAUCCACCAACAAACAUUCGUAUAAAUGGCGCUUUUAACCAAACGACCAACGAACCACCACCACAAUUCCAACUCGUCACCUGUUCCAAUAUAAUGGCAGCGGAGCUUUUGCUCUCCAAAGGUCGCUUUAUUAAUAUGAAGCCCACACCAGCCUGUCACUUGACCAUACCACGUCCGCCCAUCAAGUGUCCGGAAUCGUCGUGUCAACGCAUGAUUUUUGUUUCGGACUUCAAUAAACAUCUGAUUGUGGAUCACAGCAUGUUACCCAUGGAGCGUAUAGCGCCGCGUCAAUGCAAAAAUUUCUUCCUCGAUCCAAAGUUGGCACAUUGCGGUACUAGUAAAUGUCACCUGCUCUAUCUGAUACGUGAUAAAGUGACCGAUUUGGGUAGCAGCAAAUUCAAGGACUUCCUGCCGCUUUUAGUGAUGACCACACGCGUUCGCCUCUCGGAUUUAUGCGGCAUUGAUGCACGUGAAUUCGAAAAAUCUGAACAGGGCGAUACGAAUCCAGAGUUUUUGAUGAUCUGGUUGACCGGUAUUGUGCCGGAAGAGUUUCCCGUCACCACCAGUUUGACUGUGUGGUCGCGUUCGGGCCAAAUACCCACUUGCCAUAUGGUGCAUUCGGGCGAGAUGUAUUCGUUGCGCAAGUCGCAGGAAAUCAGAAAUGUCUGUCGCAGCGGUCAGAUGUUAUUACUCUCCAACUCCGAAGUACACUUACUCACCAAUGCCGGCAAAGACAUGCUGGAACUGCAAAUUGUCAUACAUUAGGAGAGUGUAUGCGUGCAACCCUGUGAGCUGCUUGUAAAGAAGUGGGCCUAAUAGAUAAAUGUGGCUGUUGAAAAUCUUGAUGAGGAAGCUGCAUAAGUUAG